AUGGCACAAUAUGAUGACAUCUCUAUUCUUGGAGAAGUUCUCGAAAGAUCUACUGGCCAACCAGAAGGUUCUGGAGUAGAAGAGACCACAAUUGAAGCUGUGAGUUCUACUGAAGUUCCUAGCACAACUACCACUGAAGAAGUAACUGAACCUCCAACAACAACUGAAGUCACUGAAACCACAACUGAAGUCACAUCUACAGCAACUGAAGAAUCCACAACUGAAGGUAACCUUUUUUUUUUAAUUUGAAAAGCAUAUUUAACAAAAAAUUCUUUCAGCCCCAACCACCACUGAGGCCGUGACCACAACCACAACAGAAAUUUUACUGGUUCCUGAAACUUCAGCUCCAGAAGAAGAUAUUGAUGAAGACAGUUUCUUGGGUUUCAAAAAACCAGAUCUUGCCACAAUCUAUCGUCGAUUGUUCCCAUUCCAACAUACACCACAAAGAGAUUUCAAACUUUAA